ACCCCUCAGUGAUGUGGAGUCGCUCUGACCUCAGUCCUCCAACCGUCCACCAGCGUCAGCCUCAAGGAGACGAACUGAAAGAUCAAAACCAGCGUUACAGCGGCCGAACAUCCAUGAAGACUGACGCUCUGGAAACUGGAGACCUCAGCCUGACCCUGACCAACCUCCAACUGUCUGACAGUGCCACCUACACCUGCUCCAUCAAAGACAAGAGGACAGGAGGACAAAGGACAGUGACAAACAUACAACUACAGGUCAAAGAAUGGUUUCCAACCUGGGCCAAAGCUCUCCUGGUUCUCCUGGUUCUUCUGGUUCUUGUUCUCAUUGUCUCUGGGGUUCUUUUAUUUCAUUUUCAGCAGUAUUUCAUGUCAGUUUACAAGGUGGAUGUGGAUUCAGGGGUGGAGUCUGUCCAGCUGCCCUGCAAAACCACACUUCACCUGCCUGAAGACGUUAAAGUGGAGUGGAAGGAAGGUUCCAUCUACCACAGGAAGGUCCACGUGUAUGAGAACGGCUCUGACCAGCCUGACGAUCAGCACCAGGUUUACAGAAACCGAACAAAGAUAAAUAAAGACCUGCUGAAAACUGGAGACCUCAGUCUUACCCUGAAACACCCCACAGAGACAAAGACCUACAUCUGCACCGUCUACAGCUGGGAGGGAAACAUCCUGCUGAAGAAACAAGUGGAGCUGAAAGUCAGAGACUGUCAGUUGGAGGUGGAUUCAGGAGUGGUGUCUUUCUGUAUGCCGUUCAAAACCAUAGAAAACCUACCUGAAGAUACUAAAGUGGAGUGGAAAGAUGGGAGCUCCAGAACAGUUCACGUGUAUGAAAACGGUUCUUACCAGUCCGAAGAACAGGACCAGUUUUACAGAGACUGCCAUGUGGAGGUGGAGGAGGGGGCGGAGUCUGUACAGCUGCCCUUCAAAACCAACGAAAACCUGCCUGAGGCUGCUAAAGGAGAGUCCAGGACCAGGAUCAAAUAA